AUGGAGUGGGUCAUAUGUUUCUCGCAGGCUCACCAAGCUACCAGUUGCUCGAUUAAGCAACCAGCCGCAGAUCUCCACUUUGAAACCUCAACAGUUGCUAAAGCCAUUUGCCUUUACGAUAGCAAAUCCAUUCGAGUAUUGCCAAUGGUGCUUUCCAACUUUAGUCAUUACUCUCCAUUCCACAUUGGACUGAACAUGAUGGUGCUUUACUCUUUCUCUGACCUCGGAGUUCAUCUUUUCGGAAAGGAAAACUUUAUGGCACUUUACUUAAGUUCAGGUGUUGUAUCGGCAUUCGCAAGCUACGCUUACAAAGUGGCGACACAUUCUCUGGCCCCAUCACUUGGAGCAUCUGGUGCAAUACUUGGAAUACUCGCCUCAGCUUGCAUUGAGCGUCCCGACAUAAAACUGAUGAUCAUUUUUCUACCAUUCUUUACAUUUUCAUCUGCCACUGCCCUCAAAGGACUAAUUCUCUUGGACUCAUUAGGUCUAGUCCUUAGAUGGGGAUUUUUCGAUCAUGCAGCUCAUCUUGGCGGAACGCUUUUUGGAGUAUUUUACUCGUUUGAACUCAAGGAGUACAUGAGCAAACAUCGAGCUACAGUAAUCAACCACUGGAAUGAUUUAAAGCAAAAAUUUUAA